UUUACCAUGUCAUACUGUUAUACCUCCAUGAAAUUCUCCUUUGAGGAGAUGCCACUGUUAGUCUAAAGUUUAAGCACUGGCACUCAGUGACACUUGCCGGCACUUGCCAUCAGUUGCCAGCAGUUGCCAGCAGUUGCCAGCAGAUGCCACUACUAGUCAAAAAGUGCCACUACUAGUUAAAAAGUGCCACUACUAGUCAAAAAGUGCCAGCAGACGGAGGGUCGGCCGCAGUGACGAGUCUGCGACGAUUUAGUGACAAGCUUCACUGAAGUGCCCGGACAGCGGAAGAAAUCACUUUCAUGAUCACAGAAUGGAGGAGCUGCGGUUUAGCUAGAUAGAUAGAUAGAUAGAUAGAUAGAUAGCUAAAAUAGCUAGAUACACAGAUGGAUAUAUAUAUAUAUAUAGUGUCUUUUUGUAGACACUUACUUACAAUAUGCGAUAGUGCUGUACAUUACUGCUGUACUAUAUUUAAUAUUGUUUUGCUUCUACUACGUUUCACUUCGUAAUAUAUUGUAGCGACCCUGUGAAGUGGCUGUCAAUCAAAGUGUGGCACCGUGCAUGCUGGUCGAGGGGGCGUGCCUGUGAUUGGCGGAGUAGAGGGGAGGCGGGGUUAACCUGUCGGAAAACGGGAGUUAAGGGUGGUUGACGGGAACCGUUGUUGUUGACUUUCGACCUGCUAAGCUGAGAGGAACACGCUGUCUGUGUUGGUGGAUGCCCAAUAAAGGGAGGAUUAAUAACGUCGUCCCGUCUCCGUGUCAUCAGUGCCAUAACGUCCGAGACGUUACAAUAUCAUGAUACUUUGGAUCACCUGCACACAGCCAUGCUGAAAGCUGUGGGACAAGCUCUGUUCUCAAGUGGACUGCAGAAUCCUAAAUACACAGAAGACAAGGAGAAGGAACGAGACUAUGAGAUUCGGACCUACCAUGCCACUAAGUGGGUGAGCACCACUCUGAGUGGGAUGCAGUGGGAUGCAGCCAUGAACACUGGCUUCCGCAGGCUCUUCAACUACAUUCAAGGGAAAAAUCAAAACAAGGUGAGCGUGGAUAUGACGGCUCCUGUGUCGUGCCGCGUGGACCCUGGAGCCGGCCCCGCCUGCGAGUCUCAGUUCACCGUGUCCUUCUACAUCCCGGAGGAGCAUCAGGACAAUCCACCGGAGCCGAGCGACCCGGAGGUGUUUGUGGAGCACAGGAAGGAGUUCACAGCUUAUGUCAGGGGCUUUGGUGGUUUUUCCAAUGAGACUAUGAAGCGUGACGAGCUCCUGAAAUUGAUGGAGAGCCUGCAGAGAGACGGAGUCCAGUACAUGGACCAGCCGUUCUACGCAGCCGGGUACGACAGUCCCUUCAAACUCGUCAACCGCAAGAACGAGGUCUGGGUCCUCAAGAAGGAGCAGGAGAAGGAGCAGGAGAAGGAGUAGGAGCAGGAGCAGGAGCAGGAGAAGGAGCAGGAGAAGGACUAGGAGCAGGAGUAGGAGCAGGAGAAGGAGCAGGAGUAGGAGCAGGAGAAGGAGUAGGAGCAGGAGCAGGAGUAGGAGCAGGAGUAUUUUUGAAUGGUCUAUUCGUCCCAUUGAAGAAGCAUCAACAAUUACGUGAUCAUUUGAUAACACUCAUCACAGCACUUGUCUAAAGGGAAUCACAAUUUGUUCUAUUCUCGAAGGAAAACAUGCUUUAAAGUUUGAAGGUCAUACUUGCCACCAGCAUUUUAAUGUAAAUUUUUUAUUAUUUGCUUUAUUUUGUUUGAUAGAAAGUUACUGAAUGAUACUUUGCUGGAUGUCAUGACAAAGAGACCACACGCAUGAUUGCAAGAGCUCUAAGGGGUCAUCAUACAUUUUUUAUUAUUUGCUUUAUUUUGUUUGAUAGAAAGUUACUGAAUGAUACUUUGCUGGAUGUCAUGACAAAGAGACCACACACAUGAUUGCAAGAGCUCUAAGGGGUCAUCAUAAGCAAAUAGACCUUGAUGAACAACUGGAUGCAGUGCGUCGAUGUCACCAGCAGGUGGAGCCAAGUAGUCAGAAAACAUGCCUGUCAUCUGGUGCCUACAAAAACCACAAGUGCCUGUUUUUUAAUGAAUUACUUGAUGACAUAACACUAAUUUGCUCAUUACUAUAUAUUCAGUUUUUUCUAAUGGUAAAACAUUUUUUUCACCUCAACCUUAACAUAAUAACUUGGUGUGCAUGAUAAAUAAGUUAAGGGGAGGUUCACAUGUUUUAAAGUCUGUUUCAAGGCAAGAAUUGUUCCCCUAUCGUGUAAAAUUGUUACUUAGUUGAGCCUAAACCAAAAAACAACAACAUUCCUCUGGUGAGUUAAUGAUUGUGUAGUUAUCAGCCUGGGAUUUUAAAACUGAAAUACAUAUUCAUCUGUGGUUCUUGGUGAAAUAGACAAUAACUGACAAACACACUGUGAAUUUUUACUCUCGAGUUUACAUCCUGUUAUACAUUAAAUCAUAUUAAUCGUGAUAAGAGAACACGUAUGAGAAAUUGUGUUUGAAUCCUGAGGAAGGGAGACUACUGGUGCUUAAUGAGAGAAUGAUGACAUAAGCACUGCACUAAUGUAUCAUGGGAGAUAUUACUUCCUGCCAAAUGUUUAAGAAUAAAAAAUGUAUGAUCUAAUUAAUAAUAAAUAUAUGUCCGCAUUAAAUGAUUCUGAACAGUUA